ACUAUUGGAUAGCGACUACGGUAUCGUAACCGAGGGGUAAGUGACCGGUGAUGUGUGCUUCUUUGCUUUUGUAGUUGUGGUAUGUACUAUGUAAUUAGAAUCUCGGUAGUUUUUUAUUUCCUUAACACGUCGAGCGAUUUCUAUUGUUGUUCAUAAAUUAAGUUCAGAUCUCGUUCGAGUUAUUGCAAUUAAAGUUUGUCUAUACAGUGGUUAUUAAAAUCAAUAAUGACUGAAGCUGUGGUAAAUGGAAAAGAUACCCGUUGUCUAUUUAUUAACAAUGGAGAUGAUUUGUUGACGUUAAAAAAAGUUGUUUCUAAGAAGACGGAUAAUGUUGAUUGUGAAAAACAAAAAAACAAAAAAACAAAAGAAACAAAUGGAAAUGAGUUAAAUGGGAACCAUAAUAAAACUGAUAGCAUUAAUUUUGAUGUUGACAACACUUCAUCGCUGGAACCCAAUUUGGAAAUGGAUAGUGAUACUGACCGCAAUAUAACUAUUGGUUCUGUUUGUACUCAAGAAGACCAAGAAUCAGAAAACAUUGAUAUAUCAAAUGAAAACUCUAAUGAAGCUGAUACAAAGAUUGGGGAUAAAGAAAGUCAAGAAAGUCCAAUGAAAUCUUCGGAUGAUAUACCAUAUUCCCCUAAUGUAUCAUUAGACAGUAAUGAUUAUUCACAUGAUCUGGAUGAUGACGAUGAAUUUGAUUUUGAUAAUGUAAAGUCGCCUGCAUCAUAUUUUAACAUAUCAUCUCGGGCACCGUUGCAUUCAAACAUUGAAUUGGACAUAACGCUAGAAGAAGAUGAUAUACUUGUAGAGAAAGGUGCAUCCUCUAGUAAUGAAAGAAAACGGAAAUUUGAAGAUUCACCAGAGAGAGAGCAAUUGCCUAAUAAAGUAACAAAAUUUUGGAACAUCAUAAAAUUCCCAUUCCACAAAAUAACCACCGGUGUACUGGCAAAUAGUAACCAAUUGAAUACUUCCGAAGCAGAAAUUGUUAGUAAAGAAGAAAGCACCGAGAUGCCAAAUAACGAAAUUGUUAGUGAUAAUCAAGAGUCUGAUGUUGAAUCUGGAAUAGAAAGUGAAAAUAAUAGCAUUGAAAAGAGUGAAAAUAAAGACCAGUCACCUACAGUUUUAAAUAGUACAACGGAACUUCAAUACCAACGGUCUUGUUGUAUAAUGUAAGAUUUAACAUAGAACCAUUGCUCUUCUUGUUUUAAAGAUAAUUAAGUUGUUUCCAAAUAGUACAUGUUAAAUCAUUUCAACCAAUGACAGUAUAAAAAAAAAAAAAAUUAUUAUUGUAGUAACUUGAGAAUUUUUAAUAAGUAUGGUUAACUUUUUAAACAUUCAGAAUUUGUUGACUUAUUUCAUCAGUAACAUAUUUUGAUUUUCUUUCUCUCCUCUUUUUGUAUUGUGUGUGCUGAACUAAAUACUUUCUACUUAGGUUAAAAUUAACAUCCUGUAAUAUGUUUUUAAAAAAUAUGAUUUAAUUAAUUUGAUUUCUUAAUUUUACUUUUUCAAAAAAAUUGUUUAAUGCAAUAUUGAUUUUUGAAUGCUAAUUUCAUGUUUUUCAUUCGAGAGUAUGUAUGGUUCCUUUUU